CUCUGCUGCUGUUGUGUAGGUAUGAUAGGGAAGGACUGUCUGGUACUGUCCAAGGUGUAUUUAUUGCUGGUUUGCCCUUGUCAUGGGUAAUAUCGUGUCAAGGUGUGUCCAGGAAGUGCGAGACAUUGUCAACAACUGUCGAGCUGGUCGCACGGACGAUGAUUCCAAAGUUCUGUACACUUUUCCUAAAGAGGAUUUAGAGAAAUACAAGAUUCGGACUGCUCCUAAUAAUGUCGUGACUGAUACCUCUCCCCCAGCCGAAAAUAACGCUACUGCUGCUGUUGAGAACAGUACUCCGGAAUAUGCACGGAUCGAGAAAAAGAAGGAGAACUUUGAUGGAUUCAGAAUAGAUAGGACCCACUUUUUAAAGGGGCAUGACUAUGUGAAUUGUGUGCAUCCAGAGGAUAUUAGAAAAAGCUGGGAGGUCAAAAUGGAUUACAAGGAAUUACAGACGGACAGGAGACAGUUUCAAGGAGACUGUGGCCCAGACGAGGAAGAAAUCCGUCUAACUGCUGUUCAUUUGUGUACCAGGGAUAAUAGGUUCAAUAUUGAGAAGGAUUUACUCAUUGCCAGGAAAAAUUUUGAUCGGACAAGAAAUGGAAAACAUUACGAUAAGUCCUCUAGAAUCAGUGACCCCGGCCGACAGAUGUGUGAUGUUGGGGUUCAGGUUGGAGGUAUUGAGAAAUGUCGAAGGAAAUCAGCUUCAGUUAUCAAAUAUGCGGACAACUAUCUGAUACCCAAACUGACGUCAGAUAAACAUCUGGAAGAAUAUUCUUUGUUUGACGAGCCUAAUGAUAAGACAUCUUCUGACCCUGUGUGUGCCUUGGAGCAGCGGCAGGAGGACGUCCUCCAGCGUCUGGUGGAGCUGCAGCAGUCAGUACAGAAACUCUCCCAGAAGUAUGGCGUCCCCUUCUCCCUGGGCGGACAAGCUGCGGGCAUGGCGGGCGCUGACAGUCCCAUACAGCCUGGCGUGUUCCACGAUAUCGUGAUCCAGGCGGACCCCAGCCGUCCUCCCCUCUCGCUGCUGGUUCUGUACCAGCGACUAGCUGAGACAUACAAGGUCCUGGCCUCCACCUUUGUCCACUCCUCCGCCACUCUCGAGGUACCUGACAACCUCAAGGACAUCUUCAAGAAUGGAGGGGCAGUGCCAAGGAGGGACGCCCAAGUCUGUCUAACUCUCAUUUGGAAAAAAGUGAAAAAUGGUCCAAUUCUGAUGGUUAACACAGCCAAACAAAGCCCGAUUUUCGGGGAAGCCAACAUUGCUCGGUACAUUGAACGCAUUCUCAACCCUGCGUACGACAGUGCUGACAUCAUCAUGGCAACACAAAGUGACGAAUGGCUGGACAUGGCUGACCUACAGGUUACCAAUGGCAACAACAAAGAAAAGGCAGCAGCAGUCCGAUCUCUCAACUCUAGAUUAGGAAGAAAUGAUUGGCUAGUAGGCUCUUCGCUGUCAUUGGCUGAUAUUGUCAUGUGGUCUGCUCUCACCCAAUCAGGACAGACCGCUGAAGUGCCAAACAAUGUGAAGAAAUGGGUGAAGGCUUGUAAUGAUUCUUCCAUGUUUAAACAGGCUCUAAGUGUUCUUGGCUGAUCGUGUUUGAAUAAAAUCUGGUUCUGUGAUACAAGAUUUGCUCAGCUGCUUACUCUGUCUUUUGUGGUGUGUGUUGCUACUUAUUAAUUCGUCACAAAUCAUUUACCCCCAAACACAAUGGCAAUACUGUCUUGCAUACAUAACUGCAGUAGGAAGAUACUGAAGUAUUGUAAGGCCUACUCUAUGAUGAUAAUGAUUAAAUUUGUAACAAUUUUUCUUUAAGGAAGAGAAUAUAUGGAUGUCAACUUCUUUAUUAUGAAGAACACAAUGUUUCGGAGUAUAUGCUUACUCCUUCAUCAGGUGAAUGAAAGAUGAGGCAGAGAGCAUAUAUAUGUACGUGUUAGUACAACAAAAGUAAUAAGAUAACAAAAGGUGGAUACAGCUAACAGAUUCCACACGUACAUAUAUAUGCUCUCUGCCUCAUAGUAUUCAUUCACCAGUAAGUAUAUACUCCGAAACAUUGACAAAGAAGUUGACAUCCAUAAAUUCUCUUCCUUGUGUGUAUAACUUCUUAAUGCCUUUCAAAGAAUUAAGUUUUCUUUGAAAAAAAAAAAAAAUUAUUCACAUAAAAAAGUAAAUGUUGCCAUGAAGUUAUGAAAUAUGAAAUGUUUUUCAGCAUUUUAAUAGCUGUAGUAUUCUCCGCCACUUUUAUGACAUUUUAUUACAAAUAUACAGUAUUACUGAUAAGAGCAUUCAUUAUUUAGAUUUAAGAAGAAGCUUCAAUGACAAGGACUCACUGCGGAAGUGUGAUGUGAACUAGUGCUGAACCUUAAGACUUCAAUCUUUGUCUCUAAGUGUGUUUUUCUAUAGGGUAACCUGAAGACAAAUCACAGAAUCCUCUUUGACAUAUUACUUCAGUGUCACUAACAACACUCACUGACAUUUUCAACUUAUUUUCUUCGUACUAACUAAGCUUCUUCUCUGACUUGAUACCGUUUCAAAACUGCCUUAUUUGGAGAGAUUUAGUGUCCCAUUUUUAUUUUCGUUGAGCAAAACUUGCAUCUACAGCUGAUCAUGAUCCAAUAACAAUUUAAAUGGUGCUCUCAGUAAUAGGCAAAACUUCUAAAUGGUACAGAUUUAUGUCUGAUUAAUGCUAAGAUUUGACUUUUGAAGAAAACGAGUGAAAAAAAAUAUCUGAAGCGUAAUUAAAACAAAUUCACAAGGACUUAGUUGCCCUCAUGUUAGAAUAUUGUAAAUAGUUCAAUAAACUAUUGAUACAAUU